AAACAAUGAAAUAGUUUUGUAGAUAAGUUUUCAAUUGAUUCAUGACCAACAAAUCGGUUUAGUACAAUAAUCAAAUAAAAAUUAUAACAUAACAAAAUUUAAUAAAAUAGUACGGAAAGUUUGUGAUUUGAACAUUCUGUAUCGUUUCUUAUCUUUCUAUUAGAAGUUGCAAAAAAGAUAUGAUUAAGUGUACUACGAAAUUAUGAAAAACAAUUUAUAGAAAUCCCCAAAAUAAUUUUAAAAUAGACACUUUUUCUGCAUAGUUUAAAGAUUGUAUAAAAAAUCUUGGAUUAAAGUUUAUCGCUAUUUAUUAUCCCAUCGUUAUCAAAUUUCAAGUGAUAGAUAUGAAAUUUGAAUCAACAAAAUCAACUUCAUUCGGGUGUGACUCUUGAAAGAGUUUCAACGUGAAAACAAAGAGCAUGAUGGAUACUUCUUCAUUAGGGAAUUCAAAACAACUUCCCCAGUACGUAGCAGCUCUCUCAGCAUGUUUGGGAUCAAUAGCAGCUGGUACUGUUCUUGGUUGGACAGCAAACAUCAAUGAAUUAUUAAGAGAUGGAAAUUUAAAUGGUAUUUCUGUUGAUGAGGGAGAAUUUGGAUGGAUCGGCUCAAUAGCAACAUUAGGAGCAAUGUUAAUGUGUUUUUCAACUGGAUUUUUUUGCAAUAUUAUUGGAAGAAAAUGGACAAUGUUAGUUCUUGUGGUACCUUUUACUUUGGGUUGGUUAUUAAUUAUAUGUGCGGAAAAUGUUGAUAUGAUCUACGCGGGAAGAUUUUUCACCGGUUUAGCCGGAGGUGCUUUUUGUAUAGCUGCACCAUUAUACACAAGUGAAAUAUCAGAAAAUUCUAUUCGAGGACGUUUAGGAAGUUUUUUCCAAUUACUUUUAACAGUUGGUAUUCUCCUAGCUUACACUUUUCCGUUAAUUAAAUCUAAUGAUAUUAGUAGUACCUUAAUUCAUACAAUACUCUGCGCGAUAUUUCCAUUGAUUUUCGGAGUAGUUUUCUUCUUCCAACCGGAAACUCCCGUUCAUUUAUAUAAAAAAGGAAAAAUAGAUGAAGCAGAGAAAUCAUUGAGACGUCUUAGAGGAAACGCGUAUAAUCCAAAACCGGAAUUAGAACAAAUUAAAAAUGCUAUAGAGGAAGAAGAAAGAAUGAAUAAGCCGUUUUUCGAAUCAAUGAAAACGCCCGCUGCUAAAAAAGCUUCGUUAAUUUGCUUCUCUUUGAUGUUUUUCCAACAAAUGGGAGGUAUUAAUGCUGUGAUCUUUUAUACCGGAAAAAUCUUUGGAGAUGCCAAAAUCGACUUACUUCCGCAACACGCUACAUUAAUCAUUGGUGGCAUUCAAGUUGUAGCCACUUUUAUUUCUACAUUAUUCAUCGAUAAAGUAGGAAGAAAACUUUUAUUGUUGAUUUCUGGACUUUUUAUGGGACUUUCUACUCUGCUUUUAGCCAUAUACUUCAGUUUAGAAAAAUCCGAUAUGGAUAGAGAUAUAAUUACUGAUAUAAGUUUCUUGCCAGUUUUAGCUCUAUCAAUUUUUAUAACCGUUUUUUCGUUGGGUUUUGGACCCAUUCCCUGGUUAAUAUCAUCCGAAUUAUUUCCAAUUGAAAUCAAAGCAAUCGCAAGUUCGGCUGCCGGAACUUUUAAUUGGCUUUUAGCAUUCAUUGUAACCAGAUUUUACAAUGAUAUUCAAAACGGUAUUGGAACAGACAUAACUUUUUAUAUUUUCUCUGGGCUAUCAUUCAUUGGAGUCGUCUUCAUUUUCUUCGUUGUGCCAGAAACAAAAGGAAAAUCUUUCGAUGAAAUUCAAGAAAUGUUAGGGGGACAGAGAUAGAAACUUCAAACAUAAAAUUUAAUCUUUAAUAUGUAUUUGUGUUUGUAAAUACUGUAUUAUAGUUCUUUUAUUGUUAUUCAUACGAACAUUUCGUAAAUAUAUGAAUUUAUUUAUUGUAAAUAAUA